CCGGCGGGGGCCCCCCCCCCCUGCCCCCCGGGCCCCCCAGCCGAGUCGGCUGGCCUCGCUGGUACGUGGGCUGCGCAACGGGUGGAAACGCACGCCGCGGGGUACGCCCGUGUGCCGUGGAGAAAAAUCCUCCCACGAAAAGGCUGCUUCUCCUUCCCGGGCGGUUGCGGCGCGGCUUACGAGCUCCGAACGGCAACGAGGGAUGGAGGAGGAUAAAGAAAGGCGAAGCCACGCGUUUAGCAGAGCAAGACGUAACGCUUCUUUGAAACCAAAUAUUACUCCGUUGCUGUGAGACCACGGCUUAGUUUUAGAAGGCGGUGAUGGACGGAGGCAAGCCGGGCUCCUCGGAACGCAAGAUAAAUGUGAUUACGAAUGACUACCUUUUGCAUGGUGAAACUUUUAUGUCAAGCAACCAGAAAUGAGAAUAGAUACGGAAGAAGAUUCUUUGGUACUCUUCUGACACAACCACCACAAAAGCGGGUCUUCUCUCCAUUCUGGAUGGGGGUGCCUGACCCUAGAAAGUCAGCUGUGUUCGUACUUACUCAGCCACUUUGUACAGCUGAAAAACCUCACACAGAACCAAAAAAGCAAGCAGCAUUUGGAAGCGUUGGGCGGAGAAUUCCCUAUCGGAUUUUGCAUGUAAUCAACCAGGAUGGAGAGAGCUUAGGAAACAUGCACCGAGCAGAGGCACUCAGACUUAUGGAUCAACAUGACCUGAAACUAGUUCUCCUUCGUGAGAACGCAGAACCUCCUGUAUACAGACUAAUGACUGGGCAACAGAUUCAUGAAGAACAGCUUAAACGUGCAGAGAAGAAAAAAGCAAGUCCAAAACCAGGGAUGGUUCAGAAGGAGUUAUCCUUUUCGUCAGCUAUUGCCAAGAACGACUUAGAGACCAAGAUGAAACAGAUAGCACAGUGGAUUGAAAAGAAAUACCACGUUAAAGUUACCAUCCGGCAAGCAAAAGAUAGCAAUACAGACAUGUUCAUGCUUUUUGAUCAGAUUUUGGAGACUGUCUCUGAGAAAGCCACUUAUCUUUCCAAGCCAAAAGUUACUAGAGAAGGAGUGAGUAGCUGUAUUCUGAGACACAUGUCUGACAAAGAGUUGAAAGCAUACCAGAAGAUGGAAAACCAGAAAAGCAGUACAGUAAGGAAAGAUGAAAAUGAAGAUCUGAAGUCAAGUGAGUUGCAUCAGUGACUUUAUGAAGAGGUGUAAAC